AUGGACACUUGCGCAGCCUGCCAAAAGACGGCUGCCAAGUACACUUGUCCAUACUGUCGUGCCAAGACAUGCUCGUUGCCGUGCUUUCAGGAGCACAAGAAUGCUUCGUCCUCUUGCAAAGCAGCGCGUUCGAAGCAUGAACAUGCAUCGCGUCUUGGUCCGCCCAUAUCCAUCUUGGGCCUUGAGCGUGGACCCACCUCGCGCUUUGUCCCGAUGAACAAGUACGACUACAAUCAGCUCAUGGAAGACUAUCAGUUUCUCAACCAGGUAGGCCGCAUGGUCUCUACAACAGGUCGUGCGCUGUACGAAGGCAAAUUACUGGGAAGCAAGAGCGCAGGCGAACAGCGACGCGCGCCUGCGUCCGUACAGCGCCGCGAUGCACUGGCAAAGCAGCUUUCUUUUCACAAGCUGCCUAUUAUGCUCUUGCCUGACGGCAUGUCAAAACGUAAACUGAAUCGCACGCAGUGGGAUACUAAGCAUCAACGCAUGUUGUACUCGGCCCAUUUGUCCUUUCCAUGUGCAUCUCCGAAUCCUCUGGUGCAAGGCUGGCUCUUUCACCGCAUGGAAGGAGGUGCGGAUAUCGUCCAAAGUGUUUUGGUGGAAAUGGAGCGGAUCUGUGCGCGUCUGCAGGACGCUCGCCCCGCGGACGAGGCUCCUGCAUCGAAACGGGCUCGCACAGAGAUGCUGCCAGAGGUAUGGGCGUCGCUAGGUGUGCCGUGCACCCUAUCUGAUCGGGCUGGAAGUUUGCCGACAAAUGGUGUAUUGCUACUGCAUGUCUACGAGAUCCGACUUCGAAAUGAAAGCACAUCCAAGUUUCUUGAUUGGUGGAUCCGGAAAGGAGCAGCUCUUGAGAGCGAGGCAUCACCUCCUUCUACAUCCACCACACCGAUGAUCCAGCCGCAUGCAUUGCAAGCGGUCUCACAGCUUCGACCGGAUAAAGACACAGUGGCCACAUCACCUCUUGAUUCCCAUACAAGGCAGUACUACAUACGUAUUGUGCCUGGUAUGACCUUUGAAUCGGUGCUUCGGUCUAUACCGUCAGCGUUUGGGCUCGUGGAGUACUUUGACCUGGAGUGGUGGCAUGUGGAUGCGCUCAGGGACGCCGAGCGCAAGAGCCAAGUGAGCGUCAUGACCAUACCCACGCCUGCGCCACCACCGACGCUGGUCGCCUAUGCAUCCGACAGUGAAUAG